AGGAUGUAUGGGUCAUUUUGACCAGUCAUUCCCUCGCUCUGGCAUCCCACAUUUUUUCCGCCUCUCUCCGAAAGAGAUAAUAAUAUUUAGAGGCGUUCGCUGGGGCUGAAUGAGAAUUAGCCCUAGGCGCAGCCCAUCAUUAGGACGGGACAGCAGGGCCAUUGUGACAUUUUUAAGAAAGCUGAGAUGAUGGAAAGAAUAAGAAAAGAGAUGAUUCUGAUGGAGAGAGGGCUGCAUAGCCCUCCAGCCGGCAAGAGAUUCUCCAAUUUGUCCGACUCGGCUGGCAAUGCUGUGCUCGAGGCCCUGGAAAAUUCGCAGCACCCGGCUCGCCUCAGCCCGCGCCUGCCGUCUGCCCCCCUGCACGGUGCUCUGGGAGACCUCCCCGCCAAGGGCAAAUUCGAAAUAGACACUUUGUUCAACCUGCAGCACCCGGGCAGUGAAACCACCGUCUCCUCCGAAAUCGCUGCCGCCGCCGAGAGCCGCAAGAAGCAGGGCCAUUAUUCAGAGGCUGCCACCGAGGCCGAAAUGAGCAGCGACGUGGAGGUGGGCUGCUCCGCGCUGCGCUCCCCCGGCGGCCUCGGCGCCUCUCAGCUCAAGGAAAACAAUGGCAAAGGGUACACAGAGAACAGUUCGGCUGCUGGCACCACGACGUCGGCGUCGGGCUCAGGGCUCGGCAGCCUGCAUGGAGGCAGCGGCGGCAGCGGCGGGGGCGCGGCGCUGGGUGGCUCCGGCUCCGGCGCUGACCAAGUGCGGCGCUACCGUACGGCGUUCACCCGUGAGCAGAUCGCGCGCUUGGAGAAGGAGUUCUACCGGGAGAACUAUGUGUCACGGCCCCGCCGGUGCGAGCUGGCCGCCGCGCUCAACCUGCCCGAAACCACCAUCAAGGUGUGGUUCCAGAACCGCCGCAUGAAGGACAAGCGGCAGCGCCUGGCCAUGUCCUGGCCGCACCCAGCCGACCCCAGCUUCUACACCUACAUGAUGACGCACGCGGCAGCCACCGGAAGCCUGCCCUACCCCUUCCACUCGCACGUGCCGCUGCACUACUACCCGCACGUGGGCGUCACGGCGGCGGCUGCUGCGGCUGCAGCCUCUGGCGCAGCGGCCGCGGCUUCGUCGCCCUUCGCUACUUCCAUCCGGCCGCUGGACACCUUCCGAGCCCUCUCGCACCCCUACUCUCGGCCGGAGCUGCUGUGUAGCUUCCGCCACCCUGGUCUCUACCAGGGUCCCGCGGCAGCCGCCGGGCUCAAUAGCGCGGCCUCCGCUGCAGCGGCCGCGGCAGCUGCAGCGGCUGCGGCCUCCUCGGCGGCAGCGGCCGGAGCGCCCCCAAGCGGCGGCUCCGCACCCUGCUCGUGCCUCAGUUGCCACAGCAGUCAGUCGGCGGCAGCAGCUGCAGCAGCAGCUGCCGCAGCCCUGGGCUCCCGGGGUGGCGGUGGUGGCGGUGGUGGCGGCGGCGGCGGCGCAGGUGCCGGCGGAGGCUCGGACUUCGGCUGCAGCGCGGCGGCGCCGCGUUCUGAGAGCGGCUUCCUACCCUACUCGGCCGCCGUGCUUAGUAAGACGGCCGUGAGCCCGCCGGACCAGAGGGACGAGGCUCCGCUCACCAGAUAA